AUGGAGGCCACCAAGCUGCCUGACGAUUACGACAAGUGGACAAAGGAUAGCCUUAUCAAGCGGCUGCGUGAGAUCGACGCCCAUGCAAAGCGCGAAGGAUCGAGUCUGCCCGUGGCGCCGCCGACGAAGAAGAGAAAGGAUGCGCCGAAGCUUGAUGCUGCCAACUACAACACGCGAUACAUUGCCUUGAAGCUGGCGUACCUAGGACGCAAUUAUGGGGCGUUUGAGUACGCAGCGAGCACGGCUACGCCGUCUAUUGAGGAGGAACUCUUCAAGGCCCUGACAAAGGCCUGUCUCAUCUUCCCCAAGGAUCCUCACGUCGUGGAUUUUAGUGGCUGCGAGUACUCCAAGUGCGGCCGGACAGAUCGCGGCGUGAGCGCAUUCGGCCAGGUCAUCGCCCUCCGUGUCCGCAGCGCACGGCCCGUGCCUGGGAAGAAACCGAGAAAGGAGAAGAAGAAGAAGGCGGCCGAGCAGGAGGCGGCAGACAAGCCCGCACCCGAGCCUGAGUCUGAGGCUGUCGAGCCACCGCCCUUUGAUCCCAUCAAGGACGAGAUCGCGUACGCCAGGGUUCUCAAUCGUAUCCUGCCGGCGGACAUUCGCGUCAUGGCCUGGUGCCCUUCACCACCUGAAGGGUUCUCGGCGCGGUUCUCCUGCCAGGAACGAGAGUAUCGGUAUUUCUUCACGCAGCCGGCAUACAACCCGCCCAUGGCAGUGCCUCACGAGCAGAAACAUCCCGGGUGGCUGGACAUUGAAGCUAUGAAAGACGCGGCGAAGCGGUUCGAGGGCGAUCAGGACUUUCGAAAUUUCUGCAAGGUUGAUCCGGCGAAGAACAUUACAAACUACAGGAGGUUCAUCAUGGAAGCGGGGAUAUACGAGGCGGACGACAUGUCGUCGCAUUUCCCCUUGCCCGGUCGCGAGAUCCCCACAGACGUCGCUCCCGGCUUGCAAAAAUUACCCAAGGUGUACUACUUCAAAGUCCGGGGCACGGCGUUCCUGUGGCACCAGAUCCGUCAUAUGAUUGCCAUUCUCUUCAACGUAGGACAAGGUCUCGAGACACCGGACAUUGUGGACAGACUUCUCGAUGUCGAGAACAAUCCUCGUCGACCCACCUACACGAUGGCGGACGAGGUGCCGCUGGUGCUGUGGGACUGCAAGUUUGUUGGCGAGGGCGCGGCGCGGGAUCCGGAGGCGAGUGAGAAGAACCUCGACUGGCUACACGCUGAUGACGAGGUCGACAGCAGCAAGAACGCUCUGUCGGUGACACUCGGCGACUCAGCAUGGCGGGUAUGGAGGGACAGGAAGAUGGACGAGAUCCUAGCCAACGGCUUCCUGCAGAUGCUCUCACGGAAACCAGAAACAGCCACCGUCCAGGUCCCGGACGUACCCGUGCCCAAGACAAAGCCCAAACCCUGGUCGACCCAGCGCUUCGAGGGCGGCAACGGCGCGCGACUGAUGGGCACGUACAUCCCCGUCAUGGACAUGCUCAAGAUGGAGACGCCGCAGGAGCAGUCGGAUCGCUACGCGAAGCGAAAGGGGUACAUUUCCAUGGCGGAGCUCAAUGACGCCAAGUAUGGUAGCAAGCAGGACAAGAUGGACGAAGACACGGGCGAGUAG